UUAAAUUUAGUUAAUUUUGUUUAAGUAAAAAAGCCAGUGACUGAAAGAUAAGAAUAAGAAUAGAUGUCUAAGCAAUUAAUAGGUUAAAAAAAUUUAUAAAAUGGGUAAAAGUCAUAAAUUCUUUAGAAAGCCAUCUUUGAAGCCUCUUUAGAAGAAAAAAUUAAAAUAUUUUAGAAAUACAACCUUGAUUUACUUAAUAAUGAUUAUAUUGAUAAGAAGAAUUAAUAGAGAAACAAUAUUUUUUUGUUUAGAACAGUUGAUAUUGUUUGGAGGGUAUUAGAUUAUUUUCCAGUAUUUAAUCCUUACAAUAAAUGUGUUAUAGCUUGGGAUGUCUUAUAAAUAUUAGCUGUUUUUAAUUUACUUUUUAUAUAUCCUCUCAUCUUUGUCAUAGAAGCAGCUUUUAAUAACCGCUAUGAAUAUUUUUGUUCAAUUAUUGUUUUGAUUGACAUGAUAAUAAGAUUAAACAUUGGAUUUUUUGAUAUGGACACAUUCAUCAUUUGCAAAAAGAAAAUAUUUCAGCACUACUUAAAGCAUGGCCUUCCUUUUGAUAUUUUAGGAAAUGUUUCUAUAGUUUAUUAUUUAUUUUUUCCAUAACAUGAUUAGCCUUUACUUCUACUUAUAUUAAGCAAGUUAUAUAUGAUAAGGAAACUUUUGAUAAAUGUAGAAGAAACUUAUUUUCAUAACUUUUAGUUAAGAAACUAUAUGAAGCUUUUAAAGCUUAUUUGUACUUUAAUAUUUUUUGCCCAUUUAUUUGCCUGUGGAUGGAUUUAUGUUGGAAAUUUAGGUUUUCCUAAUAACUGGAUUUAAAAAGCAGGUCUCUAAAAUGAUAAUUGGCAGUCUGUCUACCUAAAGUCUAUUUAUUAUGCCUUAGUAACUAUGAUCACAGUAGGAUAUGGUGAUAUAACUCCUUAAAAUUACAGUGAGACGAUUUUUGUAUCUUUUAUAAUGGUGCUUGCAUGUGGAAUAUUUGGAUAUUCAUUGAAUCAAAUAGGUACAAUUUUCAAUGAUAUUUUUAAGUACUAGGAGUAGUUAAGAGAGAAUAUUGCAAUAAUUAGCAUUUAUAUGAAGAAGAAGAAAAUAUCAACUCCCCUCUAAUUUAAAAUAAGGCAGUACCUUUAGUUUUAUUGGAAAGAAAAUAAGGAGGAAGAAUAAUAAAAAUAGCUAGAAAUUAAACAAAUUCUUUCUCAACAACUUUAAUCGGAAUUAGUUUGGGAUGAAAACAAACUCAUUUUAAGAGAGGCUAGGAUAUUAGUAGAUAAUUUUAGUGAAGAAGUAAUGAGAAAAACUGCUUCUAUUAUAAGACACAUUAAUUAUACUCCUGAGGAGAUCAUAUUUUAAGAAGGAGACAGUGAUAAUAAAAAUCUUUAUUUUGUAGAAAAAGGAUCUUGUGAAAUAUUUAUUGAAGGCAACGAUAAGAAAUAAACACUUUAUGAGAUCUAAAGUGGACAAUAUUUUGGUACAACAAGCUUUUUCACAGGUUUAAAUAGAACUUGUAGCAUCAGAAGUUAAGGAUUUAGCACUCUUCUGUUUAUCAAUAGAGAUGAUUUUAUAGAUAUCUGCAAAUAAAGUGCUCCUGAUUUUGAAAAAUUUUGCUAUCUUAGAGAUAAAGUUCUCUACGAAAAUGAUUUUAGUUUUAUCAAUUCUUAAUGCUAUUGUUGCCACCAAAGUCAUCAUUAAUUACAUGAAUGUUAAUUUCUCCAUUUUAAUAAUAAAACAAAUUUUUUGAAUAAAUUAACUGAAUCUGAAAAACUAACUCAGCUGAAAAGAUAAAAUGUAUAGAAUAAUAAAAAUAAAACACCAACUUUGAUAAAAUUAUGUACAACACAAAAACUUCAUAAGCUAUUUAUGAGGGAAAACUAAUCCUAACUGUAUGAAUACGAAUAAAAUAAUUUUUUGUAGAUUAUUGCAGAUAUGUACAAUUCAGAGGAUUACGAAGAAGAUGAUAGCAUGAUUUUACUUAAUGAAGAGAGUCCUGUUUUUACAGUCACAAAUAUAGCUAAUGAUGAGGUUAACACAAUAAAAUCAAAUUAACGAAGAAAUAACUUUGAUUAGGAGGAGUCAUCUAAAUAUUUUCAAAAGAGUUUUUCUCUAAAUCAGAAUUAAUAAUUAUAGCAUCAAAACAAAUUUCAAUAAAUGAAUUAACAAGAGUAUUAAAAGAGUUAAUCUUAUAAUAUAUAAUCUGACGACCAUGUUAGUAAAAAUAAUAUAAAUGUUAAUUUCUUUACUGCAGCAGAACCAAAUUACAUGCAAACUUAAUCGACUGAUAGAGGAAGAUUUGAAAGCUUUUUAUCAAACAAAUUUAGAUAAGGUGAAGAUGGAUUAGCAUAAAAAAGAGUAUCAUUUAAUGAAGAAAUUGUAGAUCAAAAAAGAGUGUCAUCUUACGAAGCUACCAUAGAUUAAAAAAGCAUGCCUAUAAUUUCUACAAUUCUAGCUAUAAAUAACUCUAACAUUACAAAUAAUAACUAAGCUUACUCACUGACUAAGGUUGUAAAAUCUAAUAUGCAGCCUAGUGAAAGCAAUUAUGCAGAUAGGUCAAGCAUCACUCUUUCUAAAAUAGAAGUAAGAAGUAGGAAUAAUUCUGCUCUUUCAAAUGUUUCUUGCUAAAGUCCUCUAACUAAGAAAAGCUAAUUGUUUUUCAAUAAAAUUUCAAAUAAUUUUAUUGAAUAAAAUUUAGAGUAAGAAGUAAACAAUAAAUAAUUAGAGUAAAAUUCUUUUAUCCACUAAGAAGAAAGACAAUACAACCUAGAUUAAAAUGAAUUAUAAUUUUAAUAAUCUUUAAGUUCCAUAGUAAGCAAAAACCAAAAAGAUAAACUUGUUAAAGAGUCAAGCUAAUCUUCUUCUUAAAUUUAAAAGUUGCUACCUUCUAAAUAAAGUUCAUAAAUUUAUGCAACCUAAUCAAAAUCAUCAGGAACAAACGUUCUUACUACUCUUUUAAAGGUUAAAAAUAUUACCAAAAAAAUAAAAAAUAAGUUCGAAAAUGCAAAAAAAAAUUUAUAAGAAUUAUAAAACUAAUAAAGCAGCAAUGAUAAAAGUGCUAAGUAUUCAGAACUAAAAACUUUCGUGUCAGAAAAAAAAUAAAAUCAAAAUUAUGGAAUUAACUUUGAAUUGAUAUCUUAACACAGUUAAAUGUUUUUUUUCUUGAUGAAGCAUCGGAAUAUAGUUACUUAUUCAACUACAUAACAGAUCCUUGAUGAAUAAUUUGAAAAAAUGUAAGACUAUACACAUUAUUAUCCCUUAGGGAACUCAUAAAUAGUUACAAAACUAUUGUCAUUAUCAUAAAAAGAUAGGGUUAAACAUUAUAAACGUAUUUUAGAGCUGUCGAAAAUAGAAUAUAAAAAUGAUAAUUCUCGUAAUGUAAAUAGCAUAAGUAGAUUAAAAAAUAAAUUCUAAAAAGAGUAAAAUUCAGUCAAUACUUUUAAUAAAUUCAACAAUUAUGAUGUUGAUGAUUCUAAAUCUCAAACUUUCCAGGAAAUUUUCAAAGACAUAGAUGGAGAUAGUUAUUCUAAAAUUUUGAACUAAAACAAUCACAAUCUCAAAUAACAUUUUUCAUAAAUUGUUAAUUAAAAUCCCAAGCGUAGAAAAACCACAGCCACCAAUAAAAUAGAUUAGUCAAGUUAAGAUGUUGAAAUGCCUACUCCAAAAUUACAAUCCCAAAUUAAUAGCAUAAAUUAAAUGUCUAUAAAUUUAGGAUCUCCUAUUUUCAAUUAUAAUUAAAAAAGAUAAAGUUAAGGAUCACCUUUCGUCUUUUCUAAACAAAUAGCUUUAAAUUAAAUACCUCAAACUAAUUAAGCUUAUAUUAAUACAGGAUUAAUAGAAAAACCAUAGCUCACUACGAAGACUAAAUACUAAAUUACUACAAUAAAAGAAGUAGAUUAACAAAUAAAUGAUAUGGAUAAUGAUAUAAAUUCUAAUAGUAUUAUUCCAGAUCCUUAAAACUCUUUUAACAUAACUAUACCCAACUUAUAAGUUAAUAAUUAAUAAUUUAAAGAAUAUUUGGAUGAUUUAUGA